AAUUUAUAUCUAUCAAUUGUGGAAUCUCAUCGUGCUUUUGGCAACUCUUUUUGACUUUCCUGGAUUCCCUUGUCCAUGCAAAACACAUUGUAAAUACUGUGUUGCACAUUAUACAUAUACAUAGCCAACAUUAUUGUUGCCGCAGAAAUCGAACGGUUCAGCCAUGGAAACUCGAAACCUCCAAGUUUUGUGCAUAAUUCUAUUUGCAAGCUCAUGCUUUCACUCAAUUUCUGCAGAGUCUCGCGUAUACAUUGUGCACAUGGAUUCAUCAGCCAUGCCUAGAGCCUUCUUAACGCACUACAGCUGGUAUUCAGCCACUCUUUCUUCCAUAUCAGACAAUUCCGAGCCACCAAAACUCAUCCAUACUUAUACCAAUUCCAUCCAUGGCUUCAGUGCAAAACUCACUCUUUCCCAACUUGAAGCGCUCAAAAACUCCCCCAGCUAUAUCUCUUCAACCCCUGAUCGUCCCCUUAAGCUUCAUACCACCCACACUUCUCAAUUUCUCGGUUUAAGUUCCAGCUCUGGUGCAUGGCCUGCUUCCCAUUACGGUGAAGAUGUCAUAAUCGGCUUAAUCGAUUCAGGAAUUUGGCCGGAGAGCGAGAGCUUCAACGAUAAAGGAAUGAGUAAAGUCCCUUCUAGGUGGAAAGGAAAAUGCGUGGCCGGAACCCAGUUCAAUUCUUCCCUGUGCAACAAGAAACUCAUCGGAGCUCGGUUCUACAACAAGGGUUAUCUCGAAAAAAAUCCCGAUUUUAAGAUUGAGAUGAAUUCUUCACGUGACACGGAUGGUCAUGGAACACAUACUGCGUCCACAGCCGCGGGGAGAUUCGUAGAAGGAGCUUCCUAUUUUGGUUAUGGAAAUGGCACUGCUACAGGCACGGCACCGAUGGCUCGAAUUGCCAUAUACAAGGUGGUGUGGAACCAAGGGAUUGUUGAAUCUGAUGUUCUUGCUGCAAUCGACCAAGCCAUUGAAGAUGGGGUUGAUAUAUUGUCUAUCUCCUUGGCUUUUGGAUACAGUGAUGAAGUAAAUUAUUUUCUUGAAGAUGAUAUAAUUGCUGUAGCCACUUUUGCUGCCAUGAAGAAAGGAAUAUUUGUUGCUGCUUCAGCAGGAAAUGAUGGAUCUAAUACUGGAACUUUAGCCAAUGGAGCACCAUGGGUAGUAACAGUAGGUGCAGGAACAGUGGAUCGAGAAUUUGCAGGGACUAUAACUUUGGGAAAUGGUGUGAAAAUUAGCUUUGAGACUUUAUAUCCAGGGAAUUACUCUUCGGACCAGGUUCCGAUUGUUUUCGUGGAUGGUUGCUUAGAUGUGAAGGAAUUGAAGAGACACAAAAACAAGAUUGUGGUCUGCAAAGACAAUCUGAGUAUAAGCGACCAAGUCGCAAAUGUCAAUUCCGCAAAUGUUUAUGGAGGAAUAUUCAUUACCAAUAUUACAUUAUCCGAUUACUAUACCAGAGACUCUGGAUUUUUAUCAGCAUUUAUCGGUCUAGAAGAUGGACAAGAGGUGAUCGACUACAUCAAAAACAGCACGAACAUCAUUCCAAAAGCAAAAUUGGAAUUUGGAAAGACAAUCCUAGGUACAAAACCAGCCCCAAAAGUGGACUCUUACAGUUCCAGAGGGCCAUUUCCGAGCUGCCCAAAUGUUCUGAAACCAGACAUUCUUGCCCCUGGUACAUCAAUCUUGGCAUCAUGGUCACCCACCAGUUGGGUUGCUAAGGUGAAAUCGCAGUUCUUGUUCAGCAAUUUCAACAUCGACACGGGCACUUCCAUGGCCACACCUCACGUCGCCGGCGUAGCGGCUCUGAUCAAGGCUGUUCACCCUGACUGGAGCCCUGCGGCAAUUCGAUCGGCAAUCAUGACCACAGCGAAUCCGUUGGACAACACUCAGACACCCAUCAAUGAUGUUGCAGAGAAUGAUGACAAGCCAGCCAACUCCCUAGGCAUUGGCUCUGGACAUAUCGAACCCAACAAGGCUCUUAAUCCGGGGCUCAUAUAUGAAGCUGAAACAGAGGAUUAUAUUAACUUCCUCUGUGCAUUUAAUUACACGGCAAAGCAAAUACGAAUUAUUACUGGCUCUGCUCAAAGCUGCGCGAACAGUUCUUUGCAUCUUAAUUACCCAUCUUUCAUUGCUUACUUUAUUGGUGAUAAAAAAAGUACGAAAGCCAAAGUUGUGCAAGAAUUCAGGAGGACAGUGACAAACGUAGGUGAGGAAAGUUCAAGUUACACUGCGAAUUUGACUUCCAUGGCUGGUUUGAAUGUGAAGGUGGAGCCGCAGAGAUUGGUAUUCAGGAAGAAGUUUGAGAAGCUAAGUUACAAACUGAGUUUGGAAGGUCCAAAAUUGUUGAAAGAUGAGGUGGUUCAAGGCUCUCUGACUUGGGUGGAGGAUAGUGGCAAAUAUGUAGUGAGGAGUCCAAUACUGGCCACAAACAUCGACCCGAAAUCAUUUUUAGAAACUCCAUUAACCACUUAUAAUUGCUCAUUUGAACAAAUGUGGGUGUGUUAAUUAUGGUAAUAACAAUUAGUAAGUAAAAUAAUGGAAAAAGAAGUAGAAUCAUGUGAAUUCGACGCUUUUCCCUCUGUGCCUUUUGUUUUGUUUUUAAGAUUAUUUCUUUUUUGUGCGGGAGCUUUUAAGAAUAUUUGCUCUUGACGUCUUUGUCAUACUCUUUAUAGCAUUUACACUUUGUUUGAAA